AAAUUUUUACUUCGUGUUAAAUGUUAUGAGUUCAAUUUAACCUGUCGGUGAUACACUAUAUCUGCCCCUGGUCUCAAUCCCAGAAUAUCUAAAACGAGUUCUAUUAGUUCAAUUGUAUCUCUUUUUAUCGGCUCGAACUAUGCAUGCAUAUAAAAAGUACUUAUAAGAGAAUGUAUAUAUAUAAAGAUUUAUUGUGAACUUAUUAACUUCAAACAUCUUAAAUUCAACCGCGCUCGAUCCUAAACUACUCAAUGUCAGUUAUUCAUCAUAUUUUAUCUAUUUUGCGCUAAUCGCCAAUCUACUAACUCUCCUCAUCUAUUUAAGCUUUGGAUUAACUAUACUAUUUGAGACUCGCAUAAGAGGAGUUCAAGGUACGAAGUCGAUAUUUCAAAAAAAUUCUGAGUUGUUGUGUGGAUUAUAGUAUAUCUUUGGCCUCUCUGUUUGGUGCUCAAGAAUUAAAAAACUUCUAAAUUUGUCAUUUCAUCACCAAGGAAAGCAUAAAAAAUGUCAACAAUGGCUUUCCACAGUUGUGGUAAUUUUCUCACAAAUUCUUGCUCUAAAAUGGGAAGUCUCUCCAGACAUCUGAGUAUUUCAGCUUCCUGGACAAUGUCAGUCACUGGAUCAAAAUUCCUCGGGCAUAGGGAAGAAAGAAGUAUCUACAGAAUUCCAUCGAUAUCCGGUUCUGCAGUCUCAGUCUGAGACAAGUUACAGAUCAAAUCUCCAUUUUGAUAGAAUGCAGCUUCCAGAUGAAGUGUUAGACCAGGAAAACAGGCUCGAAUUUGGUCAGUUCAUGGCACGUGAAGCCAUUCUUGAUGAAGAAUAUUGGACAGCAGCAUGGCUGAGAGCAGAGUCUCAUUGGGAAGACCGCCAAAAUGAUCGAUACAUCAAUAACUAUAAAAGGAAAUAUGCGGAGCAGGAGUUUAAUGCUCUGAAAAGGAGAUGUAAAGCACAUAUCGGGCAGAGAUGUACUUGCAUUGUUACGGUGAGAAAUGAAGAACAGAAUAUCAGACAUACAGUACUUAAGAGUGUUGUUGGGACUCUAGAUUUGAUGAUUGGGCACUUGUCACAGGGAGAGGAUUUUCCUGGGGAAAGGGUGAAUGCGCAAGUUUUCUGCAACACUGAAAGAAGAUCCUCCAACAGAUAUGGUUAUAUUGCAAAUUUAUGUGUUGCCAAAUCUGCUCGAAGGCAGGGUAUUGCAAGAAACAUGUUACAUUUUGCUAUUAGAUCCGCGAAAGCAAAUGGUGCAGAAAAGGUGUUCGUGCAUGUACAUACAGACAACGGACCUGCACAAAAGCUGUAUCAAAAGGUUGGCUUUGAGGUUGUUGAAGUGGCAAAUCUUAAACUCUCAGAAGAGCAACCUCACUUGCUUUUACUCACAGCAUGAAACACAUUCAAUGCAAGUCAACUUCUUUGUUACUUUUUACCUUCUUUUUUUCUGACAUACUUGGGGGGCAUAUCCUGCACAUCUUAUUAGCUCCCAACAUGCAAAAAGUUCACGUAUAUUUAGUAAUGAAAGCUUCAGUUGUGAUUAAAUAAAUCAUUCAUGUUCUGCUUAUGAGGCACAAAAUUUGAGAGGAAGAACUAAUCAAUAAGUUUCCAAUGAUACAUCAUGUCUUGUUUGACUUUCUGAAAUUGACAUUUUUCGCGAGCACAUA